UGCUCGCGUAAGCAGAUCGACUGACAAGCCAAAAACUGUAUAGACAGUCAAGUAAAACGGCCAUGUAGAAUUCUUCAGCGUGUCUUUUUGUGUUUUUCACUGAUAAAAAUCAUGUCAUAAUAGAAUCCAGUGGAUGUUAAAGUAACAUGGCGACAAGAGCUAGGAACAGAGAGGCGAUACAUCGUCAACAUUAAAGGAUGGUAGCGGAGUGAUCACCAAAAAGGCCCUCAUGUUCCGGUCGUACUUUAUCGAUAUGUCCAUGUGUGCCGGAUAAAUAUAGUGUUCAUGUAAACAUUGAAUUUUAUUCACUGUUUCGGAUGCUACAGAAAAUGUAUUUCUCGGAGUCAAUCUUGUCCUUGUUUGUCAUGCAGUGCUUUCUGGCGAUCAAUGUAAACGCCGAGAUACGGUGCAGAUGUAACGAACCCGAGUGCGUCAGUUUAGGAACACAGAUUUGUAAGUCAUCAAACAUCAAAAUGUGUUACGUCAUGAAAACCUUCGAUGGAAGUACUCCCCGAUACACGCAGGGCUGCAUGGACGCAUUAGUGAAGAACGAGAAGUAUAAAAAUAUCUGUGACACUAAAAGUGAAACACAAACGUAUGAGAACUUCGUAAAGUACCACCGUGAACCAGUGGUACAUUGCUGUAGCAAGGAUUUGUGCAAUUACAAUAUAGUGAUGAACGUUCCUACUAAUAGAACAUUGGUCAAACCAGAGCCAGUAAGCCCUGGACUACCAGAGUACAAUUUCCCACAUUCCAUUCCUGAAGAUACUAAACCCCCCAAUCAAGACAAGGACCUGUGGUUCAAAGCGGCGGUCAUAGCCGUGCCUAUAGCAGGAGGAUUCAUUUUAAUAUUGCUAGUAUUGCUGGCUGUGCGCAUGCUCAGAGCAGACACACGACGCCAAAGACAAUUUAUAGAAUUUCGAAGGGAGAGAACCAGUUUAACAAAAUCACAUCUGUAUGUCACGGAUCGCUUUAGUGAAAAAGUAGGGCGGACUUCGCCUUUGUUUGGCGGAAUGCAUAAUCCACUAUGCAAAGACCCUUUAAUAAAUAAUUCUCGAAUGAAAAAGGAUGGAAAACUCUAUGAAAAAGUGAAUACGAAACCGGAAGUUCAUCGUGCGCCGACGCCGAUCAUAAUAUGGGGUAAACCAUCUCACAGAGAUUUUGCGACUGUGGUUUAACAGUUUAUUUUGUGAGUCAUUUUGAGAUGCCUCCUUCCUUCUGUCUUUCUUUGAAGGGUGUUACGAACACAGCUAUUGUGCCUUCUAUAUUUUGUGACACCAUAAUUAAUGGCGACUAUAAAAAUAGUCCCUCGAACAGCAAGACUGAAAUUAUUAUGUGUGUUGAUUAUGAGUGCUCUAAUUAUUAUUGUUUGGUCCAAAGUCAAGCCAUAUAAUGGCAUGUCAUCAAAGUCCAUCCGCAUUAAAAUUUAUCAUGAAAAGUAAAACAGUAAUACAUGUAUGUAUGUUACUGUUUACUCAUUUUAGAAUUCAUUACUACCUGGGAACACGUUGUUACUGAAGUGUAAAGUAUUCCCUCUGGGGCUAAAAAUUUGAAUUUGAUUUAAAUACUACAAUAUAAUUUAAGUGUAGGAAUAUAAAAUUUGUAUUUUGCGAUAGCGCCACAUUUCGUUUUAGCAUUUCUGAGGUGAAAUACGGAUGGACUCUAAAAAUGAGGUUAUGUAUGAACAAAAGAACGUCAGGGCGAGUCAGAUUGAGCACUAUGUGCCAUCUUUAUGCAUUUUUGACAAAUGUGUCUUUCACAUGUAUUUUCCCUCAUCUAUCAUAGAAUAAAUGUGUCUGAAUGUUACAAAUAUCAGAUUGUUAUGACGGAUGUGAGAGGGCUGCGCAUGCCCUGCUUGAAAAAAAAGAAAAUUUUUGAAAUUUUGUAAACGUUUUUUGGUUUUCGUCUGCAUAAGAUGAUCCUUUUUUCUCGAUGUUCUCUUUUAACAAUAUUUUAAUCACACGUUUGCAUUUUUAACACAAUAAGUAUUUUUGUUAUUAUUUACAUUUUAGAAAUAUUUUAUUUUAAAUUAUUUAUUUUAUCUAAUGAUUCAAAAUGGUAAAAGGACGAAUGGUGUAGAUGAAUGUACGUUUGUGUGUUUGUGUGUAACUGUUCAUCUUUAAUUGUUGAGCUAUCUCAUUUUUUGUUGUUGACUACAAAUUUGUAUCUUAUAAAACAAAUUCUUAUUUAUUUGAGUUCAAAAAAUUAAAAUUGUUGUUUCAAAA